UGAUUUCACUUCGCUAACCUGCGCAGGUUUGUGUCAAGACAGCUGGUUGAUGUUUUCCUGAGUUGAGCGUUUCAGUUCUAUUUCCUGAGGCGCAUUGGCGUUUGUUACGGAUUUAGAUAGUGAAUAGAUGUUCGGAAGUGAUCCGCGAGAUCCAUUAUCUUGGAAAUAAUUGCUGAAAGCCAUUCAAUAAUUUCGAUUGUUGGCACAUCUGAAGGAGAAACUAGAGCUUGGAAAGAGAUUUCGUACUACGUUGUAUGUAGGCCGCAAUCCAGCCGAAGCAGCUGAUUGCAGCUGGCUUGACGUCUUGUUUUGAAAUUGUGAUAAGGCCACAUCGUGGAUUUCUAAAUCAUGACCGAGCAGUUUAUUGGGUACAUAGUAUCAAUAGACUGUGAAAAUGGUCUGGGUAUUUAUCAGGGUCAAAUAAGUCAUGUAGAUCCUAAAGUCCAGACCCUAACUUUGAAAAAGGCAUUCCGAAAUGGAAUACCUGAACAAUCAAAGGAAAUAGUUUUGAAAGCCAGAGAUAUAAAAAAUAUAUCAAUUAUCGAGAGAGCUCAGGAGACUGAUGAAACAAAUGUGUCAGCAAGUACUGUUGCUGUUACGAGACCAUUAGCAAAACGACCAGGGAGAUCUAUUAGUGAAAGCAUUGCUACUGGAAAAGGUAUUCAACUUCGUGAGUCCCCAAGAAAACACGAAGAAACAAAUGGUCGCAAUAAUACCUUGGGUUUCUUUGCAGUCUUGGAGGGUCGCAAGAGCCCAAAUAAGAAGGAUCGCCGUCACAAACUCUCUGAAAAGGAUGAAGCUUGUUUUGGUACACCAAUAGACAAUUUUUUGCAUCAUGAUUUUGAUUUUGAAAAAAAUUUAGCUCUGUUUGAUAAACAAGCAGUAUUUGAUGAAAUUGCUGCUCAGCGUCCAGAUCUAGUUCGACAAACAGAUGUAAGACGUGUUCAGAAAUAUAGACAUGAUGAAAACAUACUUGCUACAACUCCUGCCAAGUAUCGGCAACUAAUAGUUCCAUCACCUGGUUCCAAAGAAUAUGUUACAGAUGAAGGCUUGGUUAUUCCAAGCAUAACUGCUGAUGUACGAAGGCAAUUGUUGAUGGCAGCAGAGCGAAGAGGACUGACUAUAGAGAGACAGACUGAAAUGAUGGGUCGUGCUGUAGCUGAAAUGGCUUUGCAACUCCUUGGAGGAGGACAUAGACUAAACCCUCGAAAUUCACAUCAGUGGCCCACUGUUGUGGCUUUGUGUGGCUCUCAUCGACAAGGUGUAGUGGGCAUUAACUCUGCACGCCAGUUGGCUAGCCAUGGAGUUAAGACUAUUGUGUACCUGUUGGACUCAGCAAACCUUUCACCACUUGUCACAACAGAGCUUACACUCUACAAACUCACCCAUAAUGCAAUUAUUACAAAUACCAAUGAUCUACCUUCAGGGCCUGUGGAUUUGAUAUUGGGAGCUCUGGUGGGUGACGUAGGUGCUGUACCAACUAUGCUCAGCACACCAUAUUUGGCUGCCAUUAAGUGGGCCAAUGACAAUCGUGCAGCUGUGAUGGCUCUGGAUCCACCUGCUAGUAGCACUCCUGGCCUCAAUACAAAGUUUUCUCUACUGCCGCUCCUUCCUUUAGCCCAUCGCCCUGAGAAUGGGAAACUGUACCUGUGCAACUUGGCAUGCCCUGUGCAGGUUUUUCGUGAUGUUGGUAUCAAGUAUACAUCACCUUUUGGGCCCAAGUUUGUGAUUCCUCUUCAUCCCAACGAGGCAUGAACCAAUGGGUUUGGGAUGCUAUUCUUGAAGAGGAUCAUAUGUUUAUUUUUUGCCCUUGUGACAUUGAUAAAAGUUUGCAGAAGUUCUGUUUUAAUUUGUGUUCAUGAAGAUUAUUAGGAAGGUAUUUUGGUGUACUAAACAAUUUUACUGUUUUUCUAUGUUCUUUAAUUUUGGUUCUUCUAAUUUUGGUUGAAAAUAGGUGCAUUUAUUUUUAUCCUGAACAAAGAAGGUCCUAAUUAUGUUUGUAUUAUAUUGAGAAACUGUAAAUUAUGUAUAAUAUGUACAUAAAAAAGUAGAUUUUAAACUUGCUGAAUGUUUUCAUACUUACAAUGGUAAUGAAGAUACAGAUAAUGAGAAAAUAAAAUGCAUUAUGUUUCUCUGGUCAGCAUUAAAUGUUGCAGAACGUUGUUCACAAAGCUACUUCACCACAGUGUGUGAUAAAUAAACUUUUUUGGUCUGGUCAUGUGAACAAUGCUACUGAAUUUAAAUGAAGUUUUUUUAAAGAGGAUAUUGAUGUUUCAUUUAUGUAAAUAUGUUGUACAAAAGAUGUGCAUAGUAAUUGUUCCUUAUAUUGUCAUUGGCAAAUUUUGCAUGAGGGCCUAUGUGGCAUAUCGGUUUAGGUUUGUUUUAUUUGUCAAUUUUGUCUGUGUGUGAAUGGAAAAGAAUGCUUGAAGGAAGAUGAUAUUCCAUUGUGUGAAUAUAUGCUUGACAAUAUGUGGUAAUAUUGGUAAUGUAAAUAUUGAAAAUGUUAAUGUAAAUAUUGUAUUAAAUGGGUGCAAAUAUGAAAGCAAAACCGAGUACUUGAAGUAGCUCAGUGUAAAGAUACAGAACGUUUUAUAGCACCUUAAAAGUCAGGUAGAUAUAACGAAUUAAAUUUGUCAUUUGCAUAUACCAUAAAUAUGUACAAUCUUAUCUGUGAUAAUCUCUUUUCCAUCUUAUUUAUUUAACCUUUUAGUUAAAAAGAGGCCCCAAUAUAAAAUAUUUUUUCCUCCAUUUUCUUCAGAUGAGAUUAUAAAAGCCUCUUCCUUUUUUGCAUGAAUAGUUAUGUAUAUUGUAGUGGAAUGAUACAUAUGGGGGUUUUAACAAAGUUUCUAUGUUUUAGCCAUUUACAGCUAAAACUUAACAAUGAGAGCAUUUGAAUAUGGGUUGUUUUGGGGCACUUUUGAGUUGUAUAGUGCUUGUUUAGAUUUCUUUAAGAUUUCUCUCUCUGAUUCAAAUCUAAUCUAAACUUUUCCCUGAUUACAUGGAGUGAACAUCCUAAAACAUAUGCCCGUUUUGUGAAUUUUUAUUUUGGAAAAAUUAAUGUUCUAAACAAAACCUCACAGAGGAAUGGGAUUUCAUAAAUGGGAAGUGCAUUGUUGUAAGAAAUCAAAAUAUUAAGAAAAUUAUCCAGGAAAUAGUAGUGCUCUAUAUUGCUUUCAAGGUAUCAGUGAAAUUGCAAUAAUAAUAAUAAACUUCAAUUUUAAAUGUGAAAGAAAUCAGUUGGAUUCGUUGUGGUGUCUAGAGAGUAAGGCUCUUAUAUUUAAUUCUCCAGGAUGAGGGAGAGUCAUAUUGUAAGAGAAUCUUAAGAUUUUCUCUACCCUUGUGAAUAUCAACUCUCAUAACCUUUCAAUAUGCAAUUCGAUGUUUGGAAUCCUUCCAAAAAUUAGUCCAAUGGAAAUAUGAUCUUUAUUGUUAUACUACUUUAUUCCAAGAUGUAGAAUUAAAUGAUCUUUUAUCUAUUUGCAUCGUAAGGGUCUGGAAUACUUAAGAACCAAAUGGUACACAUACUAUGUUCAUCAGAGAUUUUGUUACAGCUGUAGUUUACCAGAAGCUUAUGUCCUGUAUUAUAUUGUCAAAAAAAGAGGCAGAAUAAGAGUAUUACAUAAUGUUUGAAGCCCUCCACAUUUCAUUGUGUGUACCAUGUGAACUGGUUGGUUUUAUCUGUGAGGAUUUGUUUUCAAAAGAUUUGUAAUGAAUGGAAUGUUUUUGGAAGUUAACAAAACAUAUUUGAAAAAUUUGUUAAAAACAGUACCUUCCUCUCUUACGCUAGAAAUUUCAGUGUGGUAUUCUGCGAAUUGCAUAUCUUUUUGACCAAAUUCCAUUUUGUACUGAUAAAAGAUGUGUGUGUGAGUGAAUGUGUGCAUAUGGAGAAAUUACUUAAGAAAAAUCUAAAUAUUGUUGUUUUCAUGAUUUGAUAAUUAAUUUAUUUUCUUUUAUUUUAAUAUUAAAUUUUAAAUAGUAAGUGAAUGUUCAUUUUAUCCAUAGACUCAGUGUAAUAAAACUUUUAUAAUGUGUGAAUAAUAUGUAUGCUUUAAAAAUUUUGGAUGUUAACAUCACCUGAGCAAUUUUUAUAACGAAAUUUUAAUGUUGUUUGUGACUGAUUUUAUUGAUACAGUUUUUUAAUAAAAUCAAUAUAUAUUUUGGAAGUUUUGUAGGAAAGUAAAAUGUUAAAAUAAAUACUAGAAAGUCAUUGAUGUAGGAAAGAGAUAUAUUUUGAUAAUUCAGAUAGAUGUUUCCUGAAGAAAGAGUUGCAAUUUCAUCCAAUAACUCUGUGACUUUCUGUAUGAAAUGAAGUAUUAGACUUCAUUCAACACAUUGUCAGACUAUGUUAUAAUUCAAACUGACUAAUUGAUUUAAGUAUCUUAUAGAUCUUCUCUCUAAAAGUACAAAUUUGAGUGUAUCACUUUUCAGGCUUUUAUCAUAGCUGUACCUAGCUCACAGCUUGGACAUUUUAAGGGCCGAAGGUUCUUAAAUGUUGAGUACAAUUAUUCAAGAUAUUAAUAUUUGUUGUGUUGUUACAUUUGCACAUGGAUGUUCAAGUAGAAAUGUUGCUUGAUUCCAGUAAAAAAGAUUAUGAUAUUUAUUGUAUGAUGGAUGCACUACAGCAAUCGGUUUUGCAUAUUUGAACACCCUUAUGUGCAAAUGCUACCACAUGAAAGUGUUUCUGAAAGUGACAAAUGCAUGCUUGUUCUGUGUAAAUGUAGGAUCUCAAGGGGAAAACCCUAUUUCACUCUCUGAGAAAUAGGCUCAUAUUAAGCUCGACAUGUCUCCAGUUAAAGAUAAGGAUGAGAUUGGCACUUGUGCAAAACAACCAGUUGCAGUGAUUCAAUUGGUGAAAUGCAUUUCUUUAAGCAUUAAGCUAACAGUUUUCAUAAAACGGCCUCAGUAAGUUUAAGAGCCAACCACAUUCUUAAUUUCAUUGGUCACAAGUCUUCACAUUGAUGCCUUACCUCUAAGGGUGACAAGCAAGUUGGAAGGAGUUUGACCAUCUUCUUCUGUAUGUCUGUGGUCUUAAGCAAUUUUUUUAAUUGUCAUCGGUUCCCAUUUAUGGGACUGUGUGCAUUUUGACUCAGUACAAUACCAUCUUUGUGUUCUGAAUUGCACACAAUUUUAUUAUUACACAAGUGCUGAUAAGAUUUAUCAGCACCACUGUGAAAGAACAGUUUCUUUUGUGGCAUAAGUUGGUCAAGAAAUAAAUGAUCUAUGCCAAACUUCGUAGCCAUAAAAAAAACCUGAAGAAACAAAUUGUGCAUUAGCGUAGUGACUGAGAAUCUGCCCAUCCACUGUAAGUUUUUAAAAUUAUUUUGAAUGUUUUAUUCUGAGGAAAAGAAUGAAUUGAAAAGUUUUUGGGAAAAUCUUUUCCAGAUAUUUAGUAUACUUUCCUAGGUCUUUUUAAGUAUUCAUAUCAUUAAAUACGAAAAAAAAACUUUAAUUACUUUAAUCAGGCUCUUAAUAUCAGAUAUUUUCUUGCUCUUUAAAGUUUGAAACAAAAAUAUAUAAAUUAUUUUUUUGGAUUUUUAUCUUAUAGAAUGAUUUAACAGGACCAUGAAUCAUUAUGUUUGGAUCCUGUUUUGUCAUUUUCCUUUGAUUUCAAAUAAAUGUUUAAAUUAAAAAGAGGUUCUUUUCAUCAUACAAUUAGUAAUAGAAAUAAUUAAGUUUUUAUAUUUAGUGAUAACUUGGUGAAUUUGAAGGUGCAAAUUUGAGAUGCUCUAAUUGUACCUUAAUUCAUGUGCAGUAUUGCAUAAUGUUUUUGUUAAUACUUGCACUUAUUAUGCUGACGCAAUUGGAACAAGACUGCCAUUUUCAGUAUUUUGCUGCUUUUAGUAAUGUGUUAAUGAAAUAGCAACAUGGUUAGUAAAGCAGCAGUGUGGUGUAAAAGAUUAAGACUUUUUGUCAAGUUGCUUUUUGUAAUUUCAUUUUAUAUGUAUUCAUUUUGUUUAGGAGAGUGCAAUGAAAAUACUGCAUGGUUGGUCCAUUUGUUUAAUGAUGUUCUCAUUGAUAGUGGAACUCUGCUAAUCUUAAAUGUUGGAUAGUCUAAACUGAAUUUUGGUUUCUUAAAAAUUAAAAUUGGUGUAAAGAAAAUAAAUAUAUGCCUUGAAAACUUAAUAAAUGUAGAUAGUUUUGUUUUUGAAGUAUGUUAACAAACAUUAGUGUGAAAUUUUUAACAGUUUGUGUUACAGUAUUUUACAUUUAUUUUAAAUUGGUAGUAUCAAAAUUGCUUGAAUGUUUAGUAAUUGUUAAUAUCAAAAUAAUUUUUAAAAUGUCCAAAAUGCAAAUGUUUGGAAAGUUCAGUAUUUAAUGAUGAAACUGUUUGCAAUUCUGUCAAAUAUUUCUAUAUAGAUUACUUGUUACAUUUACAUGACUCAGUAAUCGGAAUGGUUUUUAUACUUAAUUAGUUCAGUUUAGCAGUGUUCUACAAAGGUUUUAAAAGUGAAUGUUUAUCACAUAAGUGCUUAAUUUAGAAUUGUUUCUUACUUUUAUUUUACCUGUAAAACAGUAAUGCAUGUCAUUUGGCUGUAGUUUUUCUCUAAUUGCUGUUAGCUUUUGUGGCAUUGUCACAUUUUACAAAAGUAGUUGUUGUAGGGAAAAAAAAACCUUUCCUGGAAGAAUUCUGAACUCAUGAAUACUAUGAAAUGUUUGUGCAAUUCUUUUAUUUUCAGAUGCUAAGUCGUUUUAUUUAAGGUUAAGAAAGCCAUAUUUUUUUAUUAAUAGGAUUUAGAUCUGUGCCAAACUUACUCUGGUUUAUCAGUUUGAAAUUAGCUGCUACUUUAUGGAGAAUUUAGAUUUAUCUUUUUAUAUUUUAUGGUUCUGGAAGGCUUUCAAUGUCAAAAUUAAAUUGAAAAAUAAAAUGUUUUAUUUUUAUCCCCAUA